GGGCGGGCGCUCCCGGGCAUGGCGGGUGUGAGGGGCGUUAUUCCUGAGGGAAUCCGCGUGUAGGAAGGGGUUCAUUCCUGAGGGGCAGCCCGGAAUGGGGAGACGGAUGCAUCCCUAGAUGAAUAAAUGCUACACUGCUGGGAAGUAGCUAAUUACCUUUCUCUGACGGUGGCAGAGGGGUAGUUUCAUAUGGUGAAUCAGUAGAAAAAGAAUUCAAGAAUCCUGGCUGUGUUUCCACAUCCUCAGUGCUCAGGACAUGGUUCUGAGGCAAGCUGAUUAAUUUAAUUUAAAUUCCUGAUUUAUGUUUGCAUUUUUUCCUGACCAGGCCUAAAUGAAGCCUACAAUGCCUUCAUGGGAUUCUGCCUUUUUUCACAUCACCAUAGGUAAAGCUUUGGUCAUCACUGUGGAAUUCCUGGUAUGAGAAGGCAGAGCAGUCAGGGUAGAGAGAAGAUCCUUGCUGAACAGCUGUAAUGAUGAAGGCAGUGAUUUUAAUUGUCCUAAUCACCUUCUCUUUGCUGGCUUCAGGGAAGAAAUUCCGAUGGUGCACCCUUUCUGACCUGGAACAAAGAAAGUGUGCUGAGCUCUCUAAAGCUCUUACAGCUGUGCUGCCCCUCACUGCUGCCAGUUCCUUUACUAGGAUUUCUUGUAUCAGAGCCCACAAUACAUACGACUGCAUUGAUAAAAUCAGGGCAAAUAAAGCAGAUGCUGCCUCCUUGGAUGCUGGAGACGUUUACUCUGCUGUAAAGCUGUACGGUUUGGCAGUGGUGGCAAAAGAGAUCUAUGAUCAAGGAAAUUGUGUGUUUGCUGUGGCCAUUGCCAAACGAGGAACUCUGGAUGUGCAGAGUCUGCGAGGUGUGCGCAGCUGUCACAACGGAGCCAGGUGGACAUCGGGCUGGAACAUUCCACUUGGCUUUCUCCUUGCAAGAAAUUAUCUUUCCUGGGAUGAGGCCCAGCCUCUGAGCCAAGCAAUUAGUGAGUAUUUCAAUGCAAGCUGCAUCCCUGGGGUUGGUGUUGCUGCUCCCCGAUUGUGUGCUCUCUGCCAAGGACAAAAAUCCUAUGUCAGAGACAGGAACCACUUCUGUGAGACAAGCAGUAAUGAACCCUUCUAUGACUCCGAGGGAGCCUUCAGGUGCUUGAAGGAUGGAGUGGCAGAUGUUGCCUUUUUAGAUCAUCUAAGAAUUAUGAGUGCCACAGAGUCAGAACAACAGGAAUAUGAACUCUUGUGUCCUGAUGGGUCCACAGCUGAGCUGAGUGAAUACAGCACCUGUAACCUGGGCAAGGGGCCUGGCCGCGGCAUCGUCACCCGCAACAACUUCCAGAAGAUCACCAACAAAUUUCUUAGCAUGAUCCAGCGCCUCUUUGGGCAUAAAGGAAAGGAAAGAGCCAGAUUUGAACUCUUCAGUUCAGCACCAUUUGGGGGAAAGAACCUGCUGUUCCAGGAUGCCACUCAGCACCUGCAGCUCCUUGAGGAGCAGCUGGAGAUUGCCUAUGUCCUUGGUCUGGAUUAUGUAGCUCUCCUUAAGGGACUUGGCCAUGAAGGGAGCUCUUUGGACAACAGCGUUGUGCGCUGGUGCUGCAUCAGCGACGCUGAGCUUCACAAAUGUGAGGAGUGGGCACUGAACAUCAAAUCCGACCCCUUGGUCUGUGUCCAAGCAACCUCCAUGACCAAAUGCAUUGAAAUGAUCAAGAGUAGUGAGGCUGAUGCAGUCACCCUGGAUGCAACACAUGUGUACAUUGCAGGGAGAUGUGGACUGGUGCCUGUAGCUGCAGAAUGCUAUGGGGGAGAUUGUGCCCCAGCAGCUGAGACCAUGGAGAAAACAGGGAAACUAAUUCAUCUUAAGCACAAAGCACUACCACCAGUUUAUGCUGUUGCCCUAGCUAAGAAAAGUGCCAAACAGAUUCACAUCCAUAACCUGAGGGGAAGGCGAUCCUGCCACAGUCACCUGUACAGUCCUGGAGGAUGGUUACUUCUGUCCAGACACACAGUGAGAGCUCAGCAGAAUGAUACUGAGAACUGUGAUAUUGCCUCUGCUUAUCAGAAUUACUUCUGGAAGGGCUGCAUGCCAGGAGCAGAUGGAAGCCUGUGCAAGGUGUGCAUUGGAGAUGGGGAGGUGGAAGGAGCUCGAGUGUCCAGCAGAUGUGCUGCAAGUCACAAUGAACGUUACUAUGGCAAUAUGGGAGCACUCAGGUGCCUAGUUGGCAAUCCCAGUGGAAGAAGCUUUGGAGAUGUAGCUUUCCUGGAACACUCAAACCUGCUCCAGAACAUAGAGGAUCUGGGCAGCUCUGGUUGGGCAAAAGGUUACAGCCCCCUUGACUUUGAACUCUUGUGUCCGGACGGAACGCGCGCCGCAGUCACAGAAUGGGCAGGCUGCAACCUCGGCCCCAUUCCCCCCAGCACAGUCAUGACUCGACCUGUCACUGUCACUAAGAUCUCUGACUUCCUACAGAAAUCUCAGGAAUCUCUGGGAAGCAAAUUGGAUUCUGAGUUCCAACUCUUUCAGUCGUGGAAGUAUGGUGAAAGUGAUCUGCUUUUCAAAGACACCACUAAGUACCUUGUGCAUGCAAGUCAUCUGAGCUAUCAGGAGAUCCUUGGAGAGUCUUUCCUUCAGCUGGCAGAAUCGGUGUUUAAUUGCACACCUGCAGGCAUCUUGGACUUCUGCAGACAGGAUAUCUGUGCAUCCUCAUCCAACUGACAGCUCAUACAGAAGCUCUUCAGGGCACAUAACAUCAGCAUUGUUGCUGAGAACAAGGAAAAUGUGCAAGUCCAACCAAUCCAAAGCCAUCAGCAAGGAAACAGUCAUCUCUAGAAAUGUAUGCUGAACACCUUCUUGUCUUUCUUUUUUCCAGCAGAUUUUGUUUAUGAUGAUGCAAUACUGCUCAUAUAUCAUCUCUUUCUUUUUUGGAGCACGGCAGCAUGGGGAACAGCACAACCAACAGCACAGAACUAGGAUCAGCAUUGUGGAAAGAGCAGGGCCAGUACCAUGGACUAAGAUACAGGCUGGUAUGAGUAGUACAGGUUAGUUGGUAGCAUUUUGCCUUGUUUGUCUUAUAAACAGUUCCCAUGCAAAAACCCCAAUCAACUGACAUUCUGGUAGUUGCAACAUUGUAUUUCUGUAUCUGUGAUUUUGGUUGCAGCUAGAUAGCCCCUGCUGAAUGCACGUAUGUAUUUCUUCUUAACCAGUGAUUUUUUACUAGUAAAUCAAAACAUUUUUUCUCACAAAUAAAUGUAUUAAGACAUUUAAGAACCAGCAGAACUGGAUGCUUGCAGCAGUGUAUUCCUCUUUGUCAAGACCUCUAACCAUUUAUAUUGAUACUUUGAAUUUAAGAUUCUCUGAAAUGUCAAAAUACAAUUACAAUCAAUUACACAGCACAAGUUUUACAAGCAGAAACUGCCUGAACAUGCUAUGAAGCCUUUUGAGCAGAAAUCAUCUGUUCAUCAUCUGUAUCCCAUCUUGUCCCAGUAUGAUGACAUAGCCAAAUCCUCAGGUGCAUUUGCAGCCAGCAAGCUGCAGCCCUGCAGGAGCAGGGAAAGAGCAGGAUCCUUCUUUAGGCCUCUCAGGUGUUCCUGCCUUUCUUUCUUAGAGCUUCCCUGCCACCUGUGGGGCCCGUGUGCCACUGCACUUGGAAGAAGGCAGUUCUGAGCACACAGUGAAGAAAUGCAGCUGGCAGCCUAGCUUUGCCAAAAGCAGCCUGCAGCUGAUAGGGACAAAUUAAAAAUCCGGGUUAUACACAAGAUUUUAUGGGGUGGGAGGACAGGGAUGAUGUUUUCUGACACAGACAUUACCAAUGGCCUUGUGGAUGAUCCCGUGCUCCAGCUUUGAUUCACAAACUGUGUGCUGCCUUGCACAGCCUCUGGUACAUGAACCACUGGCCAGCCCCAGCCUUGAAUCUCAGCUCUGAGCUGAGCAGGAACUGUUUGUGCUUUCUGUGCUCCCUGGCUCCUGCUACUCUGCUUUCUGAAGAGAGGGAUGCUGCCUCAGUGUUCUGAAUAGCAGCUGAGAUCAUGCUUAAUCUCUCCCAGGCUGGGAUGAAGGAACACCAGAACUGCUGCUCUCUGUCUCAAUAACAGCACACCCUGUUACCCAACCGUGAUGAUCUCUUUGGAGAUUUGACCUUUCCCCCCUGCAUGUAAGACAUAUUCUCAUGCAUAUUUACCCAUACAAGCCUAAAGGCCUUAAAAACCUCAAAAGUUCUCAGAAAAAUUUAUUUCCAUAAAUUAAAAACACACACAAAAAAACCAGUAAAAUUUUAGAUUCACACAAUAUUGAACAGAAACAAAAUGCCAAGAGCAUGAUGGAGGCUAAUGGCACAAAUGUACAAAUUCUCAUUGAGCUAUUUGUUACCUUGAUAGCAUCAUACAGACUUUUAAUCCACAGUUACUAUCCAUAUUCUAGAAAAGCACCUGGAACAUAAUAUACCAAAGGCCCACCUGAAAUAAAAUACAAGGAGUGAGAACUGCUUGCAGGACAUCAUUUCCAGCAAGCACCAGAACUCAAAUGUAUGCAGACACAAGCCAGCCAGGCAAAUGCUGUACCAUACACUAAGGAGCCUUAGCUGCUCCAGUCAUAGCAUGAUGAAAACAAUGACUUUUUUCUUCUUCUUCUUCUUUUUUUUUUUUUUUUUUUUUUAAUGAUCCUUCUAUCUCUGACAAUCAGCAAAUUUAGCAAAGAGCUGCUUGGCUCUACUAAGAGACAGGACAUGGCAAAAGCUUUGCAAUCCUUCUCAAGCUGUUCUGGUCAUCAGUCUGUGAUGACUUUCCAUAGUGAUAUAAAAACAUCCUCACUGGAGUGGAUCCACUUAAUGAAAAGGCAAGUGUACAUAUCCUUCUGCUAGGGAUGUAUGCAAGACCCCAAAAGAUGAAUCCUCUACACUUUUUAAUUUUAAUUAGCUGUGACAGAAGCAGCUCAGAAUGGCAAAUGCCCAGCUUUUGCCCAGUCAUCACUCCCAGUGUAGAAGCAGCAGCCACAAGGAACAUGGCUGUUCCAUGAGUGCUGUAAACAGAAACAGAGGUGGGAAAGGAAAAAAACAACAAAGUGCAUAAGCAGGACUGACACCUGUAUGCUGGAGAGGGGAAGAGAUGCUUGGUGUCCACUAGCUUACAUUGUCAUACAAACACUAAACCAAAGAGAAUAAUGCUGUGUGUUUGGGUUUCCACAAACUAAGGCCUGGGAGAAGCUAAACAACUGCAACAUAAUUUUGUAACUCCUCCAAUUUCUGUAAACCAAAGAGUAUUUGAGUGUUGUCUGUGCUCUGCUCUCUCUGCUGUAGCUUGUAGGAAAAAAAGUUCAUAAAUCUUAUUUCAAUGCAAUCAGAAACAAGAGAGAGCAGGGAAGAAAAUUUAAAAAAAAACCAAAAAAACCCUAAACAAAACAAAUAAACCCCAACAUAACCCAAAGGAAAAGACUCAACACAUUUUAUCUUUUGAAACAUGUUAGAGGUCUGAACUUGUCCUGGAUCCAAGUCUCUUCUCCCCCCUACCCCAAUCUUUAUUUCCUUGAAAGCUCCAGUAAGGUUACAGCUUAAUUGUAUCCCUGGAAGCCUCCCAUAUGAAUAGAAGUGAAUGAAUGCUCUGUAACAAUCCCAUUCUAUAGCAUAAAUCCAUAAAAAUAUAUCUCUCACUCUUACUACCGCUGCCAACUAGUCAAUAAUUGGGCUAAUAAGCCAACCUAGGGAAACUUUCAAACAUUUCUUAAGAGGCAGUUGAUCUUUGUUUUUUAGGAAUUUCUUUUUACAAAAAUAAAGAGGAUCAAUUAGAAUGUUCUAUAACAGCCCAGUAAGUUAACCAGAAAAAUACUAUGUCAAUAUGUUCAAGGUUUGUCUUGUUAUUUUACCCUCAAACUCCAAACACUACUACUCUAAGUGUGCACUCCUCUCUUUUCUUCAGUCUUCCUGAUUAAAGAUAAUUAGCCUUCAAAACAAGAAUAUAAACUUCUACAAAUCCCAGCACAAGCUGGGAGCAAAACAAACCCAGAUCAGAUUUCUUUCAAGACUCAGGCACACACAGUGUAAUAAUUCUCUUCCAUUUCUCUACUCUCAAAGCUCUGCAAUUCAACAGAUUGCUUGUUAACAUUUAGUUUUCUGUUUGGUCAGUAACAGAAGUGGUAGAGCAACAGAAGAUAAUGAUGGUAUUUGCAGUCCUGCAUUUAUAGGGACUUUAUAAAAAUUACCCACCCACUAGAUUUGCUCAAUUGGAAGGUAAAUAGAAACUCUAUUAUAUGGGUAGAUAAAUAACAAAGUGCAAGUUCAAGUGACAAGUGAAAGAAAGAACAGACUAAUUAAAUUUGAGCAUCCCAGCAACAACAGCUUUGCCUGAAUAACUUCUCUAGGCACUAAGGGACAGAAAUUACCUGAACAGCAGCUAGCACUGGAAUUAUGCUUCAAGUUAAGUUUAACAGAAGUUAUGCCAGAAGGGAGCUCUCUUCCUUCCAAAGGUAGAGCUGAGAAAUUGCCCAGUGCUGCAUCAGAUAAUUACAUAUGGCCUUACAUAACCAAAACAAUGCCCACAUAUUCAAAGAGGCUCUUUGUACAGCACUGGCUAUUAUGCACAACAGUGCUAUACAGAGAAUAGAAAAUUAUGAGCUACAGGAAUUGUCAAUCUAAAAUGGUAAAAAAACCCCACACCUUCUUCUUGACAUUAAAAUCAAGUUAGUUUGAAUGGAAUUAAAAUAACUUUAAAACAAGUAUCAAAAAUUUUGCUGGUCUUCCCCGCAAGCAGCAGCUCAGCUCAGUUAAAUAAAAAUCUCUGCCUAUGUAUCCUGCAGCUUAGCACCCUCAGGGACCAAUUACCUUUCCUCUGGAGAAGUUGGCAUCAGCCAAGUAAGUAAAAAAAUCUGCUACUUGGGAAACAAUAGUACUGGGCACCAUUUUUCCUUAAAACAUCACCUUUUUGAGUUGAAUCAUGUUAAAAGAAGCAUGUACAAAGUGCAAGGUAUUUAAUGUCUAAUUAUGUGGGGCUUCUGCUGCCUGGAGCCUGGAAGGGCAAAGAAACUUAGAAGGAAUCUUCUAAGUUAACAGAAGGAAGAAACAAUUGAAUAUAAACCUAGACAGAUACUUUUAAUUAUCAAAAGGUUAGUGGUAUAUCAAGAAGGUGUUUGCUAGAAUUUUUCUUUAUCAAACACCAUAUCUCUUUUGUCAGCUUGUUAAAAAUAGCCAUUACAGUAACAACAGCAGACUCAAAUGUGCAAAUGAUCUGGAGUACAGAGUUCUAGCAUCACUGAAGGUGCACUACUUCCUCCUUGACACUCCUACUCUACCCCCAAAAGAUAUAUAAACAUAAUUAAUUAAAUAUAAGCAGUAAUUUCCAGAGGUUGAGAAAGAAAGGGUAAAUUUCAUGUGGCUGUGUUACACUCAAACAGGGACUUAGAAGAAUCCCUCCAACAGCAUUUAAAAAAAAAUAUAGCACCUUAAAGAGGGUCACAGCCAAAAACUGAUUAUCAGAUGUUAGAACAGAGUGGCAGAGUAAGGUAUGAAGAAGUCAGUAGAAUUGUCCCAAAAAAAUACUAAAGAAGCUGACUGGACCGUUCCCAGCUAAGUGACUCCCUCAGAUGCUGGAGGCCUGCUCCUGCUCAACCUCCUCUGCAAAAAAGGCUUCAAGGUCCAUGAGCUUCUGACUCAGAAGAACAUCUAACUCUGCACUCUGCAGUGCAGCUCUUUUUGCUCGGGUGAAACUACCCACUGCUUUGACUUUGCCUCGUGUCUUCCUUUUCCGGGGAAGAGUGAAGUCCUGAAACUCCAAAAUCCGCUUUCUCUUUUGCUGGCUGACAGAGAUCAAGUGUCCAUUCUUCUCCUUGGGCUCCUCAAAGAUUGUUUCCAAGCUCCUGGUUAAAAAAAGAAGAGAACUCAUGAAUACCUUAGCAGCAGCCACCUUACAGUGACAGGGAGACUGGGGGAUUUCAUAACCCAGAUAAAAUAUAGCUUUGAUACCUGCCAUCCCUACACUUAGAAGGAAUAGAAGGAAGUUUCAGCACCUAUUGUCCAGUUGCUAAGGCAGAAAGGACUCAUAUCCAAGUAAGGAGUCAAAUUUCUACCCAAGUAAGGAGUCAAACUUCUAUAGUUUCACAUAUUCAUUUCAUAAGAAGUGGCACAGCAUGGUUGGAAGUAACAGAACUGUUCUGUCCAAUGUUCUGUGUGAUGUUUGCAUAACUGCCCCUCCACUCCUCCAUUACAUCACCCAGUCAGCUUGCCUCACCCACUUCUUAAUCAGAAAGCUGUUCUGGGAGUGAACUGCUAAAAGCUGAAAGCCCAAAUGACAUUAGCAAUGGCUUUCUGAGGAAGGUUCUGAUCCCACUAUCCAGAAUAAAUAGCAGCAUCCCAGGUACUCACCGUAUCGCAUGGCCUGUGCUCUGCAGUGCUCCCAUACUCUGGACAGGUGAGUGUGGUAACAUGGCACAGCUGGGUCAAGGAGGAAUGCAAAAACAAAACAAAACAGACAGAAAUUAGGUCUACACUAUAAAAAGAUGGGGGAAAAAUUAUUAGUAUAAAAUGGACGGUAAGACAAGAUGUUCAUAUCAGGAAUGAGAAUGGAAGACUAAAAUGAUACAAAAGAAAGCCACAUCUGCUGUUUAGGCAACUAAAUUUCAUUGUUAGGGAAACUGUCCUGCUUUCAUUUUAAAAUGGUAGUAAUGAGAAAAGGAAAUAAAGGCACAGAAAGAGAGUGAGACAGUAAUGUUAAAAGUCGUAAUUAUUUAAAGUCUAAAAAUUGUAAUUCUUUCUAUGAAAGUCUAUUUUCCCUAUUCAAAAUCCCAAGUUUUUACAAUUAAAGUAACCAAAAGCCUUGAAGGAUUUGGUAACUAACGAAAAUAGUGCAUAAUGGCAACAGUAACAGGUAAAAGGAAGUAGCUCCAUUAAAUUAACUCCCUGUUGUCUCUAACUCCCACAGCCUGCAAUACCCUUACUUGACUGGAAUAACCAAAGGCCUUUCCAUAAGGGUUGGUAAUGACCAGAAUUCUAUCACAUAAAGGUCAGCACAGCAGCAAUAAGUCUUUUGAUAUUAAGCUUUACUUUUGCACCCACACUGUUAACAGCAGGAAUUCACUAGGACAGCUUUUAUUACAUUCAACAAACAGCAAAUCUUGUAUUUGCUGUUCUCUCUAACCAACAGUGAAAUGCACUUCACUGUUCUAAAGCAAAGAUGUUACAGCCAGACUGGAGUUCUACCAAGGAAAUGAAAACCAGCCAUGCUGGAAGCACAGGGAAGUCUAACUACACACAAAGAGGUCAGAAAGUCCCACUUAUUGUGUUUAUCACUUAUGUCAGGACUGUAACAUUUUGUUUCAACAUUCCACUAUUAUUCCAGUGUUACUGGAACCUGUAUUGAUAGUGCAGCAGAGCCCUCUCUGUUAGAGACAGAGCUUAUUGUUUUAUGCAAUAAUAAUACAAAAUUACAAGGACAAGGGAAUCACUUUAGAAAUUUUUAAUUCAAAUAAGCAUUAAUUAGAAAAAAAAAUUCACUGAAAGAAUGCUUUUAUUAUUGACAGUGGAAGGGACAGUGGAAGUUAGGUAGGGCAACUACUUUAGUUCCUUGUUCUCCUGGUUAUUAAGAACACUAAUUGUGGCUGAAAUAUUUUAAAGAGAACAAAUAUUUUCCAGAUGAAAAUGGCCUGCAGAGAACUUUAUUAUUUUUCUUAUUUUGAAUUAUCUUAAAACAGGCAAGAAUUUCUGUUAUAGGGAGAGCUGAAAAGGCUCUUAUACUGCACCAAACAUACCUCUUAUAUUUAUGUACCAAACAUCUGAGUGGGACAGAUUUAUGUCUACCUCAUACACAUAGCUGUAAGGCAUUUUAGAGAAAAAAAAAAACCAAAACUAUUUGAGUUUUAGGGUGUUUUAACUCUGGAUUAUUUUUCACUUGAAAUGAAGAUGUUUGAUUUGAAUACUUUCCCUCUGGGAAAAAGAUCACCACUCAUAACAAAGCAUGCUCUUUUCCAAUGACUCCUUAAGUCAGGAAUGAAAUCCUGUUAGACAUGAGCCAACUGGAUAUGCUGUCCUGAGCUGCUGAGGAGCUGCAGACCUAGGGAUGGGGGAAAAACCCCAGGUUCUGAUCUCCCAGUCCAAGGAGAGCACGCCUCAGCAACACAAAACACUGAAUUCACCUUAUACACACCACUGAGUUUUAAAAAGAUGUUGGUUUUGUUUUUAACAAUGUGUUAUUUUUAAGUUUAGUACUCAAACUGUACUUUACUGGUAUGAUCACUUUCAGAGUAUGGAAUGGAAAUGGAAGCAAGUCCCAUAGAAUGUGCUGCAAAAGUUGUCUCUAUGCCAUUAUUCAACUUAAUUCUUUUAGUGCAGACAACUCCAGAAUGGAGCAGUGCUUUCACAAGCUCACUCACACCUUUGGCAGACAUUAGAAUUUAUACUAACAAGUGAUAAACUUUUAGGUAUGUUACCCAUUUAUACAAAGCAAAGUGCAUUUGUUAUCUGGCAAGAUUUUUGGUUACGUUUGUGUCAAUCUGUGACAUGGGCUAAAUUCAACAGUUCUCUACAGACUGCCACACUAAUCAAAACAAUUAAUUAAACAGACUUUGGUACAGUGAUCAUGAAGCUCUCUGCCCAGUAAUUGCAAGGUGACAAAAUCAGGGACUGAACUGCCCUGUUACUAAGGGAUAAAGGGCAAAAUCUUUGCUCAAGGGCAUACAAAAAUCCUGUAACAGAGCUAGGAACUUCUUUCAUUCUUUUUAUUAGCAAAAUGAUCUUAAAUGCUCAUAACAAAGUAAAAUUAAAUAUGCAAAGCAGAUUUCAGUCCUCUUCCCACUCGUAACAAGAUUGACACACAAAGAAAAAUUCAUUACCAAUGUUAACUGGAGCUACAAUUGCUUGUGCCAACAUCACAUAUGAAAAGCCAUAGCAUGCAUAAAGAGGUUUCAAUUAGCAUAGAAUGGUCAUGGAAUACAAUUAAAAAUGUUACUGAAUGACACCCCCCUCCCUUUACAAUUCUUCCUAACCUGAUAUUGAGCAUUUUACAGUGGUUCCAAGGGGUAUUUGUGGCUCAGACCUCUGAAAAAAACUUUCCUACCUCAGAAAUCCAGUUCCUCUGCAGUCACUCUGAAUAGACCUAAUGAAGUAGCUCACCUUUUGCAUUAUAUACUCUGAUGCAUGGUGUGUAUAUAUUGCAAGGGAGAAGAAAAUAGAGUUAGCCAUUCUGCCAAAACAGGACAGUAUAAAAGAAGCGAAGGCAAAUAUAUUUAAAUUCAGCUACAAGACUGUUCUGUAAGAAAGGAUCUUCCACGUCGAGCCAUUCCUGGAGCAGAAUGUGUAGAUGUGGAACAGGAGAAUCUGACCCUCCAGUGCAAGCUGCAAUUACCCUCUCCCUCCCAAAAAGGAGCAAGAAUAUACCCUGCACACAUUUAAUCUCAGAAAUAAGUUGAUGGCUUUUACCUGUUCUCGAUGCCCACACUUGGCUGCCACUUGCAGUGAGUGGAAUGGAGAGGAGUGAUGUCAGGACGGGCAGCAGGACCGUGCUGACUCCAUAUGGACAACACCCUGCCCAGAGAGUACGGCAGCGAGGAGACGAGCUCGUGGGACACGCACCUCGGGAGCCUGGCCCCUUUCAAACCCUGCGCCAGCUGCGACAUAAACAGUCUCUGGAUGGUAGGAAUAUGACUGGUUAAGUUUCUUCUUCGUGUCCAAAUCCUGUAACAUCCAGGGGAAGAAAGUGCUAACACCGUGUGAAGGCCAAGCGUGGAACAGCCUCCUCCUCUUCUUCCAGCUACAGUGUUUCUUCCAGGGUCGGGAUGAACAGCAACAGUCCUGCGGGUUGUUGUGGAGUGUGAGGAAUGAAGCUCAUUAUUUACACAGGAAUCUUCCUGGAAAGCUGUUCUACCUGAACAGCUCUGAGACAGGAGAAAAGAUAAAGUCCACUUUGAAGCUGGUGCUGGAGUUUCUCUGAAAACUGGGCUGUGAUGUACAGAGUGCUGGGAUGUAAUCCCUCUGAGGUCUGUCACAGGACUGGAGUCCAAUUUUAUGUGAAAAGAAAUUGGGAAAACGGAGGUGUCCAAGAAAGAGGCUGGAGGCUUGUGGCUUAAGUCUGAAGAAAGUAUUUUGGUAGUUUCUACAGGAUAAAGUGCCAAAGGCUGAAAGCUGAACAUCUUGGUGCACCAGCUGUCAGCCCAGCGUGAGUGUACGUUCCUGUUAAUGCAAGAAAAGGCUUCCAAGAGAUUUUUAGAUCUACAUUGGCUGUACCUGUCACCCACUGGAAGAAUUUCAGAAGAAUAUGGCAGAGGUUCUUCGUUACGGCUGCUUUUGGCAGGGGCCAGGAGCUUGCUGGCCAUUGCAGACAACUUGUUCAACAAUAAUAAUGCUGGUUCUUUGGUACAUUUUCUGAAUUUCAAGCUGUUCAACAAACUGCACCUCCUGGCCCUCUGCCUUGGCAUAUGUGCAAAUCUCAUGGCUGUUUCCUUUUCCACUGUCGGUGGUUUACAUGGAAAGUACAAAGAUUCCAGAAGCGGGUUUUCCUGUUUAGGGAAUAUUUCCAGGGGAAUCUCAGAGACAGGUGAACUUUUCAUUUGUUUUAUUUUUCUUACGGUUUUUAGCUGAUACAAUGUGGGAACUUUUUUGCAUGUCCUUCCAGGUUGUAUUUUUAAUGGAAGAGGUCCUCUUAGUUUAUUUGUAGUUCCUCUUCGUUUAUUUGUAGUUCCAAAGGCACCAGGGAUCCCAUCAUACCCUAAAUUAAGGUUCAGGCUUUCCAUUUCUGAAUCCUGAGUCUUCAAAAACUGU